GAGACGAGAGGGCAGAGGAAGACGCACGGGCAGAGCGCUGGAGGGCUUGAGACGAGUGGGCAGAUGGACCUGGAUGAUCGGAUCGAUUUCCCUGAUUUGGGGAAAUCUGUCGGAACCACUAAAGCAGAUGAAGAUAUGUGUGAGGAUUACCACCAGAGCGGAAUAGAAGAAGAACGAGGUAUAGCCCCAAUGGAGCCUCUGAAUGAGGCAUGUUUUCAGCUGGGUAGUGGUGGUGCUCAUGCCAUUCCAGAAAGGAAAGGCCUGCAAGGAUGGGCAAAGGUCGUUGCUGGUAGUCAAGAGAAGGAACUUGAAGAUUGUCUGGAGGUGACUGUAGACAGUGGCUGGAUUAUAUGGAGGACGUUCGACUACAGGCAUGGAUUAUCGGUAUGUCUUUCAAACCUUACAUAAACUUUGGGUUAAUGUUCG